AUGGGGGCAGGACGGGAUGAUACUGUGUUAGGCCUAAGGAUUACCAAGACCUGUGUGCCUGUGCAAACAGACAAGACGUGGAAGGAAAAGAUAGGAAUCUUUUUAAUUGUUGGUUUGGGUAGCAGAAAUACCUUGGAUCCUAUUUCCUUAAUUAAGUGUACCUGGCUGCCCCAUUUUGCCAGCAAACGUUCUCUGCCCUGUGAUGCGGCUGUGACGCAGUGGAACGUCCCCAUGGUGACGUUUGUGAAGGUCCCACUGCCCGCAGCACGGGUGCCAUUGCGCUUCCUGCUGCUGCUGGCAGGACAAGCCUUGUUGGCUGCGGGAACCGUCGUGGACAGGAAUUUCUGCCCAGGUGAAAAAUUCACCAUUCCAAUGGAGACACCUUCCUUAGAAACAUCGGGUGUUUCUCUUCCAAACACCCAGUCGGCAGUCUCGGCAUCUGCUGCCCACCGACUCCGUGGUAAAAGAGCAGCUGCGGAUGCUGCCCUUGGACCUCUCCAAGAGGAGAAGACUUCUCCAUUUUCUCCUGGGGAAGUCUGUGCCAAAAGAAGAUGCUGUGGUCCCUCUGAGAAGUGCUCCGGCAAAGCCCACGACAUGUCAUCCUGCUCCUUUCUCAACCAUCUCCGGAAAGUUGUUGAGAGUGAUGGCUUCCAGUCCAUUUGGUGCGAUGACGGAGACUUCAUUGUGAUUGAGGAGCCGUUCUUCACAACAGAAGUACUGGCCAGAGGAGGAGUUUUUGAUGUUGGCAACAUGAAAGAUUUUGUUCGUCUCCUUCAUCACCAUGGCUUCUACAUCGUGGAUGCAGAUUUGCCAACCUCUGCCUCCCGUGCUCGGUUCCUAGCAGAGGGAGCAUCAAUUUCUACUCCUAGCGAGGUACGUAGCCCCUCUACCUGUGAGACAGCUCUUGGCACAGCGGCACUGGUGGCCAGUCAGUCCGAAGUGAGGUGGCUGACAGCUGGUGAUACUUGGGUACGUGUGCUUCUGAGAAUCCUACAUUACUCUGCGCAUCUUCAAGGGGAAGAGAAUGCCUCUGGAUCUGAUGACAAUGCCACGGGUCCUCCAACUCCUGUGAUAGACACUGCAGCAGCUCCACUUCCUGUGGCAGGUCCUGUUUGUGCUCUGAGCAUUGCAGCAGAACCCACUGCCACUCCAACCCCCACAGUUCAACCUGAGAACCAAUCAGUGCCCCAAAGGCAAGAUGAAAAAAUGCCUAAUGAAAGUCAGAACAUUUAG